AUGGAGAGCACCUUCUCCGGUCAGUUCUCUGCUGGGGAACUUCAUGGCUUUGGAGUCUUCCAGCAUGGCAGUGGCGAGAGAUAUGAGGAACAGUUUGCAUGGGGUCUUAGAGAAGUAACUGUCUGGAUUGUAUUUGCUUUAUUGAACGUUGGUUACUGUUCUUCUGGACAUGGACUUCUACUGGACAAAGAUGGACACAGAUACAAAGGCUCUUUCCAUCAAAACAAGAGACAUGUAGAGGGACGUAUGCAUUACAGGUCAAGCAAACAGUGGAAUACAUUUAAAUAA